AUGAACACCAUGAAAUCCCCGAAGGCUGAAGAUGUCAGACAGGGGAUCUCUGUCAUCUGGGAGAUCUUGCAGUGUCCAAUAUGGUGAGUGUGACAGCAGAAUAACGUUAGCCAUCUAUAGAAGGUUACUGUAUUGUGUAAGGUGUGUUGAUGUUACAUAUGCUUUUGGUGGUAGUUGACUGUUUACUAUGCAGGUUGUUUCUACUUUAUGUUGAAAUCAAUUGUUGUCUUAUAAACAGUUGGAAGUAGGCAAUUACGAUCCUGUUCAUAGUUUGUUCUUCUGCUCUAUGCUCUCUGUUCCAUGUAGUUUGGACUUGAUGACCACACCUGUGUCUACAAAAUGUGACCACCAGUUUUGCAAGUAAGUAGGCUUUCACUUUCUUUGCUGUGGUCCAAAUCAACUUUACUGCUGGUUCAUUCUGUAGUGUAGGUGAAUGUUUGUAAGUGAUUUUAAAGUUUAUUUUCAAUGACAGUGUUACGCAUUGACAUCUCCCACUAACCUGGCAGUGUUUUACAUUGUUCAAGCACUCACAGUUGUUGCUCUCUCUAUGAAUAGGUUUUGUAUGAUGAAGCUUUUGGACAGCAGUAGGAGAAAGGAGGCCAACUGUCCAGUUUGUAAGACAAAGAUCACAAAAAGGUAUGCUGUAUUGACUGUAGAGGAAUAACACGUUCAUUAUGAGAGUGAAUGUGUCAGUGAGAUAUGUUUAAAAGGAAAUGUGUACUAUACUGUACUUCUCAAAAGGUCUCAAUGUUUUGAAUUAUUCUGCCAUAAUGAAUCAUACUCUGGGUGUAAGCCUGUUUACUUUGUUUCCUGGUAACCAGUGACUACGUGUCAUUUACAGUGGGGGAAAAAAGUAUUUAGUCAGCCACCAAUUGUGCAAGUUCUCCCACUUAAAAAGAUGAGAGAGGCCUGUAAUUUUCAUCAUAGGUAAACGUCAACUAUGACAGACAAAAUGAGGAAAAAAAUUCCAGAAAAUCACAUUGUAGGAUUUUUUAUGAAUUUAUUUGCUAAUUAUGGUGGAAAAUAAGUAUUUGGUCAAUAACAAAAGUUUCUCAAUACUUUGUUAUAUACCCUUUGUUGGCAAUGACACAGGUCAAACGUUUUCUGUAAGUCUUCACAAGGUUUUCACACACUGUUGCUGGUAUUUUGUCCCAUUCAUCCAUGCAGAUCUCCUCUAGAGCAGUGAUGUUUUGGGGCUGUCGCUGGGCAUCACAGACUUUCAACUCCCUCCAAAGAUUUUCUAUGGGGUUGAGAUCUGGAGACUGGCUAGGCCACUCCAGGACCUUGAAAUGCUUCUUACGAAGCCACUCCUUCGUUGCCCAGGCGGUGUGUUUGGGAUCAUUGUCAUGCUGAAAGACCCAGCCACGUUUCAUCUUCAAUGCCCUUGCUGAUGGAAGGAGGUUUUCACUCAAAAUCUCACGUUACAUGGCCCCAUUCAUUCUUUCCUUUACACGGAUCAGUCGUCCUGGUCCCUUUGCAGAAAAACAGCCCCAAAGCAUGAUGUUUCCACCCCCAUGCUUCACAGUAGGUAUGGUGUUCUUUGGAUGCAACUCAGCAUUCUUUGUCCUCCAAACACGACAAGUUGAGUUUUUACCAAAAAGUUAUAUUUUGGUUUCAUCUGACCAUAUGACAUUCUCCCAAUCCUCUUCUGGAUUAUCCAAAUGCACUCUAGCAAACUUCAGACGGGCCUGGACAUGUACUGGCUUAAGCAGGGGGACACGUCUGGCACUGCAGGAUUUGAGCCCCUGGCGGCAUAGUGUGUUACUGAUGGUAGGCUUUGUUACUUUGGUCCCAGCUCUCUGCAGGUCAUUCACUAGGUCCCCCUGUGUGGUUCUGGGAUUUUUGCUCACCGUUCUUGUGAUCAUUUUGACCCCAUGGGGUGAGAUCUUGCGUGGAGCCCCAGAUCGAGGGAGAUUAUCAGUGGUCUUGUAUGUCUUCCAUUUCCUAAUAAUUGCUCCCACAGUUGAUUUCUUCAAACUAAGCUGCUUACCUAUUGCAGAUUCAGUCUUCCCAGCCUGGUGCAGGUCUACAAUUUUGUUUCUGGUGUCCUUUGACAGCUCUUUGGUCUUGGCCAUAGUGGAGUUUGGAGUGUGACUGUUUGAGGUUGUGGAUAGGUGUCUUUUAUACUGAUAACAAGUUCAAACAGGUGCCAUUAAUACAGGUAACGAGUGGAGGACAGAGGAGCCUCUUAAAGAAGAAGUUACAGGUCUGUGAGAGCCAGAAAUCUUGCUUGUUUGUAGGUGACCAAAUACUUAUUUUCCACCAUAAAUUGCAAAUAAAUUCAUUAAAAAUCCUACAAUGUGAUUUUCUGGAUUUUUCUCUCUCAAUUUGUCUGUCAUAGUUGACGUGUACCUAUGAUGAAAAUUACAGGCCUCUCUCAUCUUUUUAAGUGGGAGAACUUGCACAAUUGGUGGCUGACUAAAUACUUUUUUCCCCCACUGUACAAUUGGGUCAAAUGUGUUAUUUGACCCUGUUGUCUGUGUGCAGGAGUUUGCAGGAGAGCCCUGGGUUCCAGAGAUUGUCCGAGGGAUUGCAGAAUAUGGUCCAGGCCUAUGAACAUGACACCUGCACAAACUGUGAGCCACAUUGUUUAGCUUCCAUCAUCAAAACAUGUUACUAUACUACCGUAUUUUCCGCACUAUAAGGCGCACCGGAUUAUAAGGCGCACCUUCAAUGACUGGCUUAUUUUAGAACUGUUUUCAUAUAUAGGGCGCACCGGAUUAUAAGACGCAUAGAAUAGAAGAUAGUCAAACGAUUGACUGGGGUUGCGUUAUGCAUCCACUAGAUGGAGCUGUGCUAAAGGGAAUGUCAACAAAACAGUCAGAUAAAGUCAAACUUUAUUAACAUUUACAUUUUAGUCAUUUAGCAGACGCUCUUAUCCAGAGCGACUUACAGUUAGUGCAUACAUUAUUUUUUAUACCCCCCGUGGGAAUUGAACCCACAGCCCUGGUGUUGCAAACACCAUGCUCUACCAACUGAGCUACAUCCCUGCCGGCAAUUCCCUCCCCUACCCUGGACGACGCUGGGCCAAUUGUGCGCCGCCCCAUGGGUCUCCCGGUCGCGGCCAGCUACGGCAGAGCCUGGAUUAAGCGUUCUGACAACUCCGUUCACUCCCAUGGUAACGUUGUUCAAACGUUAAUGUGCAUAUUAACAAUAUCUCCCAGCCUUGCUCACUCUUCUCCCAAACGUGGAGGGGAACUUUUCCCUGAUUCAGUAAACACGUAGUAAAAGAAACAGUCUGAUACCACUAAAUCAAACGUUAGUGCAUAACUCAACAUUGUUCAGUUACGUAUAACACGUAAAGCUCACUUUUUCAGUUCAUUCCCCGUCCACGAAUCCCUCGAAUUCUUCUUCUUCAGUGUCCGAAUUGAACAGUUGGGCGACUACGGCAUCCAACCUGCCCGGCUCCCUCUCGUCAUUAUCCGAGUCAGUGUCGCUGCUGUUGCCUGGCAGUUUAGAGAUUAGUCCUGCCUUCGUGAAAGCUUGGACCACAGUUGAGACUGAUAUAUCAGCCCAUUGAUUCAUUAAUGUUGAAUUCUCUCGCUGCUGCUCUAUUCCCAUAUUCUACUGCGUGACCGACAGCCUUGAGCUUGAACUCUGCGUCGUAAGCGUGUCUCUUGAAAGCUGCCAUUUUGGGGUCUUUAUACACAGACAAGUGGUGUGGGACUGUGAGUAAGCACAGUACCGGUGUUUACUGACAACGGUAGCCGUAAUGCUGCAAGCGGUGCGGCUUUGUAGUUUACCAGUCGUACUGAAACAUUUCAUUAUUAUUAAAUUGUUUUUAUUGGUUUUUCAUACUGAAACAUUUUGACAGAGCGCCUUGAGCGGCGUGUACAACCAGCAUGGAUCAACCAAUUAACCAAUUGAUCCAUAUAUAAGGCGCUCCGGAUUAUAAGGCGCACUGUCGUUUUUGGAGAAAAUUAAAGGCUUUUAAGUGCGCCUUAUAGUGCGGAAAAUACGGUAUAUGUAAUGUUUGAAAUGUGCUAGAAUUUUGAUAAUGAUGACUUACAGUUUGACUGUAAGAUUCUAUCUUUUUUUCAGACUUCACUGGAAUGUCCCAGGUGAGGAGACAUAUGAGGUAAGGACAGUAGCACCGAAAAAUAAUAGAGCUAGUUUCAAUAAAGACGUGGUACAUUUACUUACAAUAAGUAUUUUUAUAUCUGUUGUCACUCCUGCAUAUUUUUCAAAUGAAUUAGUAUUUCAUUCAACAUGUCCUUCCAUCUUUCUCCUCUAAACAGUGUCACAGAGACUGUGCAAAAGAAAAACGGCCAUGAUGUCUCAUCUGAUGAAGUGUGGGCUACUGACCAUGCCGAUGACGAGGAUCAAGGGCCUCAUCAGUUUCCAAUGUCCUGCUCGUCAACUAUAGCAGGUGAGAGAUUUUAAUUUGGGUAUGGUGUGUUGUCAAUUUUCCUGUAACAAUUCCUUAAUAGCAUUAUUGAUGGACAGCUGUAUUAGAAUAACUCAUUUUUCAAAAUAAUAGGGUAUAUUUCAUUCAUUGAAAUUACUGAAAGUCUUAGAAUGUGUCUUUUAAAAGCAUACUUUUCACAUGAUUAUUUAAGCAUGUGAAAUAUUAUGAGUGUUGUGUUGUUAGUCACUGCCAUGCCUCUCUCUUCAGCCAAGGAUGGCUUUGCAAAGCUCAUGGGUCUUGAAGAUUCUUGCCCUGUCAUUUCGGACGAGGGGUUUGACAGCGGCCUAGGUGACAUACCUCCAGCCUCUGAAAAGGAAACCGACGACUCUAAAGCCACCUCCACCACAGAUAAACAGAAGCCAGCAUUAGAGACAGAAAUACCUGAGGUUGUUGAAAGAGCUCCUUCACGACCUCAAAAGCUUGGGAAAAAGAUAACCACUAAUCCUCAAGAUCCACCAUGCCAUCCUGAAAAGGUCGAAAACCAACUUGUCAGACGAUCUUCGAGGAAUAACAAAAGAGAGUCCUUGACCAAAAUGAUUGACCAGAAUCAGAAGAAAAGUCUAGAAAAAGUAUCUGAGUGGCUCAUGAAGAAUUCCUCAACGGAAGAAAAUUCUAAGAAGGAGAAAAACACAGAGGGCUCUUAUGACUCCGUGUCUCUGGCAGGAAGUUGUUCCCCCUCCUCACCCUUAGAGGAUAACCUCAGAAAUAAGGACGAGAUUCCAAAGAGAGAAGGACAUGGCAAAUGUCUUGAGGCGCUGGUAUUUGGGGCUGUUUACAAACGAGAUCGAAGAGGGAACCGCAGUUAUUCACCACAAAACAAAGCGAUCACAGACCCUCCACCACCCUGUCCAGCUGAGGAACUCCAGAUCCUGAAGAAGAUUGCCAAAAGGAGGAUGAGCAGUAAACUGACACCUGCUGACUUUGUCAAGAGACCAAGAUCUGAGGAGAAUGAAAACAGUCUCAUGGAUGACCAACGAGAGAUGACAGAACCACAAGAGGAUUCUCCCAAUGAACACCCAAAAGAUACUGAAGAAAAGAUGAUUGACCUGACUGAGGAGCUGAAUUCUAAUAGCUCUGACAAGCAAGGAGAAGAGCUUGAUGAGUUGCCAGAAGGUGACAACAAAGAUAAUGAAGAUGUUGAGGACAGUCCUGUGUUCGAUGUGCCACUACGGAAACCUGGGAGGAAAUCGAAUAAAAAGAUGCACGGUAGGUGGCAGGACGUCGACGGGGAUUUGCAAGCGCAAGGGAAAGUAAAGUCAGAGAAUAACAAGCAAAAAAAGCCUGGCAAGAAAAAAGGGGAAAACAUCCAGGCGGAAAAGAGCAAGGCAGCCAAAUCCUUAGUCCUUGUGGGUGUCGGAGAGGGUGGAAGUGACCCUAAGAUACCUAAGAGCAGACCAACGUCAGGCCAGAUUGAGGUUCAGAUUGAGAGUUACCCUAGCAGUGAGGACCCAGGAAGCCCGAUCAUGAGGAGAACCAGGAGGAGUCGGAGGCUUCAGCUCUUCACAGAGGAAGUACAAGGGAGUAACAAGAAGAUCGGCACUGCAAGAUCCACAAAGGUUGUCAUUAUUGAUUCAGACUGCAAUGAGAUGCAGCAAUCAGAGGAGGCGAAAGCUGACACUGACGUGGAUAAUGUGGCUUGUUUGCAGAACCAAAAUACAGAAAAGUCUGUAAAGAAAAACGGAUGUGUUUUAAAUGAAGAGAUGGGAGGUAUUGAGAACUUGGAGUCUAGCGAGAAAAGAUCCAGUGAAAUGAUUGAGGCACAGAAAGUGAACCCGGUUGAGGAGUCUAUUGUUGAAGUCCCAACUACAGGAAGUCCUUGUCACGCUGAUAUUGCUUGUUCAGUGGCUAUGUUACAAAGUUCAAUUAGUACCCCUGAGGCAAGUGUCUCAUGCUCUGUGCCUGAGAGUGUAAACCAAAGUAAUCCGGUUAUCAAACCAUUAGAUGACUUGAGAUCAAAUGUACCACAGGAGACGUCAGCCAGCCAGGCCAAAUGCAUUGAUAUGGAGGAGGAUGACCGGAAUGACAGUGAGCUGGACACUGAGCAACUGCUGAAGAGCUUCAAAGCCACCAAAAGGAAAUCCUUCCACCUUGGUAGUCCAAAUAUCAAGAGGAGUUCCUUCUGGUCCAACAAGGAAAAUACAACUCUUACAAAUACUCAAGAGAACAAACAUGUCGGCACAGAUAUGGAAGCAGAAAAUGGGCAGGGAUUUCCAAGGACAAUGGAGUGUCCCACGGUCCAGCAGGAAUCUGGGAAAAGGACAGUAUUAGAAAAUUCUUGCUGUAGUGAUUUGAGCCCACCUUCAAGUUCCCCCAACCAUAUUUCACGAGAAGAAGCGCAGAGAAAUCGUAAAAGGCUCAGAAAGUCAGUUCUUACCAGACCACCUCAGGAAGUAGUGGAGUCUUCAAACCCUGAUGCCAAUGGGAAGACCCAGAAACAGAUUCUGGCCAGGCUUUCUGGCAACAGCUCAAGAAGUGCCCUCAGUCCCAACAACAAAGUCGCAAAAAGUCAAAUGGAAUCUCCCCACCAAGCUGUGGGUUCUGGUCUGCUCUUUCCAGCUUUUGGCACCUCUGAGGAAGAUCUACCAGAUCCGACGCCUGUAGCUUCAAAGAGUCAGCAGCCAUACGAAGUGGAGAGCAGCAUUAGGAAAAGUCCAACAGAACUGGAGAGUAGCCACAGUGUUGGACCAGAGACUGUAGUGGAGCCAAACAAAAUGUGGCCAGAGAACAUGACUGGAAACAUGGCCAAUACAGAGUCCUCCUUGACUCCAGAGGACCUCCUUCCUCUAAUUGUCCAAUCAGUAGUUAUCCAAGAGGCAGAGAGGAGUAAAGGAAGUGGCGAGGUCAGCACACACUCUCCCAUCAAGAGCAGCCUAAAGCAGAGGAAGAGGAGGAAGGCUCAGAGACUGGAGUCUUCCUCGGAGUCCGACUGCAGUGGGGAGGAAGAGGAACUGCCUUCCCUUGCGCAAAUUUUCAGACCUUUGGCUUGUCCACCAACAGCUGUGGAGGAGGAGGAGGAAUCGGUCACAUUGCUCGAAGACCAUGCCAGGGAACAAGGAAGCUACAGGGAGGCUGGUGAUGGUACCUGUGCUGCAGCUGAAGAUGGGCAGCGAGAGGGCAGUCCUCCCCUGUGCCCCAGUCCCGAAUGGAUCACCACCAGCCAGGCAUCUGUGGACCUGUUUGGCACACCAGAAGAAGGUGAGUACAUUUGAGGCCUUAUUAUAUUAAUCUUAUUAGCUGUGAUUGAACUGAGACUGAAACAUGAAACGCCCAAAUACACUUUCAAUUGUUUCUAAUCUUUCAGCUGAAGGUAUGGCAGGUGACACUGGCCUGACACAGGAAUCAUCACAAUUUUCAAGCGAAUUUAUUGCCACUCAGGUAAGGAUAUUUAUACUCCGUAACUCAUAGGUUACUAGACAGUAGACAUUAACAACCAAGUUAUAACUUACUUUGAUUUAUUGUCAUUGUUUAACAAAAGGAAACCCUAGUGUGUAAAUCUCACAUGGGGUAGUGAUGUAGAUUUUUAUAUAUCUUCAUCUCAGCUAAGCAUAAAUGUUUUCUCUGUAUUUUUGCCAAUGUUUUCCAGCUAAUUUAAUACUCUACACGUGUCACACCAAUCUUUGGUACAUAUGUAGCUAUGAUUUUAAAAUGUAAAUAUGGCCCUCCAUAUUUACAUUUUACAUUUUAGUCAUUUAGCAGACGCUCUUAUCUAGAGCGACUUACAGUUUAGUGAGUGCAUACAUUUUUCAUACUGGUCCUCCGUGGGAAUUGAACCCACAACACUGGCGUUGCAAGCGCAAUGCUCUACCAACUGAGCUACACGGGACAAGCAGUAGUAGUUUGCAGUACUGUAUGCUUUGUGCUGCGUUGGCACGCCAUGUCCAAUAGAUGGCAGACGUUGCAUAUUUUUUUUGCACCAAGCUGUCAAUGCUUGGAAGAUCGACUACAUGGACGCAUAAAGAAUGUCCCCCUCAGCAUCUUUCUAAAUUGCAUUUCUUUUAUGUUUGAGGAAAUUAUUCUCGUUUUCUGCCCCAUCCAUCUUCAUGCACUCCUACUUUUAUCUGUCUGCUGUAUUUGAUUGGGAGUUUGGUUUAUGUGGUUUUAGGCAGCGGGGAGGAGAGGAGUUUCGAGGCAGGUUUAUUCACAGCUAUACACCCAGUUGAGGAUUGGGUCUCUCUGACAAGUGGGUGUCUGUGUCUACAAGCGUCCAUGCACGCUUGCGUGUGCGCAAGUGUUUGGAGAUAUGACUACAGUAUAUGUUACUCCGAUAGAAAAUGAUCUCAUACAUCCCAUCUCUUGGCCUCAUAGAGGAUUUACUCACCAGUUGUCACUCUGGGUCUGUCUGGUUUUGGCUCAAUGCUCAGUCAUGGUCAGUGAGUAAUGAGCUUAGCCAAAGCCCUGACACAUCUAGGGGGCCAUGGGCAUGGCUGCAAGCCUUUUGGGGCUGGGUGUCUUCCAUAUCUGUGCUGAACCGUGGACCCCUAGGUCUUCCCCUCAGACAAAUGACUGCACCCCAGCUUACACCGUGUGUGUGUGUGUGCAUCUCUGUAUGUCUCCCUCACUUUUUUUUACCUCUCUCUCUCUCUCUUUCUAUCUUCCUCCUCUCCAUCCCUCUUUGUCAUUUUCCCUCUCUUUGAUGAAGUGUUCAGUGCUUCAAGCAAGUUUACGCUGCAAACGCCAGUAAUGCUGCAUGUUAGAAAAUCCAUCCUUAAUGUUUGAUUCUGUCACCACCAGUCGAAUGACAUUUCUAGCACCGUCCUCUCCUAGUUGAUGGAUGUUUUCUAUUGUUUACCCAUAUCAGCGUAAAGGCAACAGAUGCGUUAGAACUUUCACACACACACACACACUAUAUAUACAAAGAUAUGUGGACACCUUCAAAUUAGUGGAUUUGGCUAUCUCAGCCACACCCGUUGAGCACACAGCCAUGCAAUCUCCAUAGACAAACAUUGGCAGUAGAAUGGCCUUACUGAAGAGCUCAGUGACUUUCAAUGUGUCACCGUCAUAGGAUGCUACCUUUCCAAUAAGUCAGUUCAUCAAAUUUCUGCACUGCUAGAGCUGCCCCGGUCAACUGUUAUUGUGAAGUGGAAACGUCUAGGAGCAACAACGGCUCAGCCGCGAAGUGGUAGGCCAGACAAGCUCACAGAACGGGACCGACGAGUGCUGAAGCGCGUAGUGCGUAAAAAUCGUCUGUCCUCAGUUGCAACAUUCACUGCCGAGUUCCAAACUGCCUCUUGAAGCAACGUCAGCACAAGAACUGUUCGUCGGGAGCUUCAUGAAAUGGGUUUCCAUGUCCGAGCAGCCGCACGCAAGCCUAAGAUCACCAUGCACAAUGGCAAGUGUUGGAGCAGUGGAAACGCGUUCUUUGGAGUGAUGAAUCACGCUUCACCAUCUGGCAGUCCGACGGACGAAUCUGGGUUUGGUAGAUGCCAGGAGAACGCUACCUGCCCGACUGCAUAGUGCCAACUGUAAAGUGACAUUCUAGACGAUUCUGUGCUUCCAACUUUGUGGCAACAGUUUGGGGAAGGCUCUUUCCUGUUUCAGCAAUACCCCUGUGCACAAAGCGAGGACCAUACAGAAAUGGUUUGUCAAGAUCGGUGUGGAAGAACUUGACUGGCCUGCACAGAGCCCUGACCUCAACCCCAUCGAACACCUUUGGGAUGAAUUGGAACGCAGACUGCGAGCCAGGCCUAAUCGCCCAACAUCAGUGCCCGACCUCACUAAUGCUCUUGUGGCUGAAUGGAAGCAAGUCCCUGCAUCAAUGAUCCAACAUCUAGUGGAAAGCCUUCCCAGAAGAGUGGAGGCUGUUAUAGCAGCAAAGGGGGGACCAACUCCAUAUUAAUGCCAAUGAUUUUGGAAUGAGAUGUUCGACGAGCAGGUGUCUCUGGAGGCGAAAGAAACGCACACCUGUUUAGGCGAGGUGCUGGCUAGCGGAGUAGAACGCCUGAAAAAGAAAAGGAGAGCCGCACACUCUAGGAGCUCAGAUGCAAUCAUUUGAUAACCUAAUAACCAACGUUUCGACAGACAAGCUGUCUUCAUCAGGGUAUAAUGACAAACACUGCGUGUCACUAGUUUAAAUAGUUUCAAAGGACACACACAGGUGUCUGUGAUCAUGGCCGGGUGUGGCUUGAUAUCAUUGGUUAAUUUACGGAUAUAAAUAGAACAUAUAAAAAAACAUGAAUGGAUAGCAUACGAUCAUAGAAACAAUUUGGCUACAUAGGCCUACAAACAUUUACAAAAUCACAAUAAUCACAAGAAUGGCUUCAGAUCAAAGUCUAUGUUGAGACCGAAGGGAGCAAGGGUCUUUAAAAUGAAAGAUCCAGGCAGCCUCUCGUUUUAAUAAUAAAUUGUCAAGGUCACCCCCUCUCCUAGGGAGGGUGACGUGUUCGAUGCCGAUAUAAAGUAGGGAUGAAAUAGUGGUUCGCUUACAAAAAGUGGGCCGCAACACAUCACCCUCCCUAGGAGAGGGGGUGACCUUGACAAUUUAUUAUUAAAACGAGAGGCUGCCUGGAUCUUUCAUUUUAAAGACCCUUGCUCCCUUCGGUCUCAACGUAGACUUUGAUCUGAAGCCAUUCUUGUGAUUAUUGUGAUUUUGCUAUUCAUUGUAAAUGUUUGUAGGCCUAUGUAUUCAAAUUGUAUCUAUGAUCGUAUGCUAUCCAUUCAUGUUUUUUUAUAUGUUCUAUUUAUAUCUGUAAAUUAACCGUUGGUUAUUAAAUGAUUGCGUCUGAGCUCCUAGAGUAUGCGGCUCUAUCUUUUUCGACAAGCAGGUGUCCACAUACUUUUGGUCAUGUAGUGUACAUACACAAAUACACACUAAGCAGGCGCUCAACCAAUUAUAUCAGUCAGUUUCUCCCUUUCAAUUGCUGUAUAUAUUUUUCCUCAUUCUGCUUCGCUCAUCUAUAGUUAUGUAUCGCUCUUGCUCUCCCUUUCUCUCCUUCAGCAAAAGGUUGCGAUGCAGGAGGAGCUGCGGAGGCUGGAGAGAAUGAUGGUGCUGGUGUCUGAAGCGCUCCAGGAAAAGGAGGGGCCCACUGGGGCCAAAGUCAACCCCGGGGCCCCAUAUCUCCCAGCGCUGCCUCACCCAGACAGGUCCACAGGUACAGAACUGGGCUUUGUUCAGGAGGGUGCAACAUAACUGACCGAUCAGAUAGAAAUGUAUUGUACUGAAGAGAUUGUCGUGUAGAAUAGGGAAUCGUUUCAGUUCAGUCUACCUUUUAAGAAAUAUCAGCAGGGACUGGUUUACAGUAUUGUUUGAAAGCUCUCUGCUUUCGAAUGGCAGCUGACCUGAAUUUGUUGGUUUUGUCUGUGAGUUUAGUUUCCUCAGGCCUCGAUCUCCAGACGACCCUGCCGUGUGGCCAGGGCACCAGGGAGAGAGCUGCCAGCAGGUGAGCAAAGCCGGAGGUUAACAAGGCACCACACAUUCACAACAGACUUCAUGAAAGGAUAGACGAUUCAAUGCUUCACUACACCAUCACCUCGAUAACCCGGUGCUGUUGGUUAGGUUUUGCUUACUACUUCAUAAAAUAUUUGGGAGUUAUUGAAAAAUAUAGAUGUUAUCGCAAAUUAGCACAAAUUAAGGCUGUGCAAGUAGAAAAAUCCUAAUUUGUGCGUUUUUAAUUAAACUCAGUGCAACAGAAAACAGGGUCGUCCCCCACUGAGUUUAGAAUGUAGGAAAUCGCACUUAGAUGAUGGCAAGCUCACUUUUCAUUCACAGCAUGAGAUGGAAGCACUAUUAUUGCCAGCUGCUUACUUAUGAGCCAUCACCACAACAGCAAGUUAUCAGAAUCUGCUGCUUAUUGAGGCGCGACUUAUGGAGGGGGGUGGGUGUCGUUGGCUGCAACCUUCAGGCAGUAUAUGCUCAUUUCAUCAGAAUGGGGCCCUAUAUCAGCUUCACAGCCAUUUUCAGGGCCCAAAUUUCAACCUCAACAUACCAAUAAUUGUAAGAGCGUUUGCCAUGUAAUUGCUCUCUCCCUCAACCUGUGACUGAGGGAAAGUCAGAGAAAGUUAGCUUGUGUUAGCUAGUAUCUUUGUGUUAGCUAGCUCAGCGUCUGCCUGGUGCAGUUUUUUGGAUAGAGGGUGAUGCAUCUCGGAGGACAGGCGGAUAAUCUCCCUAAUGAAGCCGGAAUCUGCUUAUGCUGCGGAGAAUCAAAAAGUAAUUAGCGGCUGCAUCUUAUUUGUCAUUUGGAGCACUUAGAGGGAAACUUGGGUUGCCACGGUAAUUUAUCUCUCCUGCUUGACUGCAUCUCCCUAUCUCUCCCUCCUCCCUCAUCUCCAGGGUUCUAAGUGCUGUCCUCUGGGGGAGGGAGAAAGCAGGGCCGGCUCCAGGCAUAAGCGACAUAAGCGGUCGCUUAGGGCCCCCGGCCGCUAGGGGGCCCCCAGAUUUUUUGGAACUCAGUCGGGGUCUCGGCUUACUGUUGAGAGUUAGAAUAGAAGAAUAUACAAGGUGCAAUUUCAAAAUGUGGUUGUGUAUCAGCAGUUUUUCUGUUGUUAUAUCAGUCACUGACAGUCAAUCAAUUAGCCAUGUCAGCUAGCAAUUUUUUGAUUGCUAAGUUAGUCUAGCCUGCUAUGUAAACUUGUAGUAAUCAUGGCCAUAUACCGACCGGGCACGCAGGGCAUGUGCCCAGGGGCCCUGACCUCCAGGGGGCUCCCAUUGAUUUUGUUAGUCACUCUAACUCAGAUAUCAGUACCAAUGGCAAAAUGUGUAGAAUUGCAGGAAAUGUACUUUAAAUCGUUACAUUUUUCUCUCCGCCAUCAAGAGGGGGGCCUCUAAAAUGUUUUGCCCGCGAGUUGGGCCCCCCCCCCCCAACCAAAUCUUGCUUUGGGUCCCCAAAAGGCUAGGGCUGGCCCUGAGAGAGAGGGAUGAGGGGGGAAAAGAGGAGAGACUGGGAUCAUAUGCGACAAGAUUUGCUCGCCUCUAUUUUACUGUGUAUGUCUGGAGACAUGGAGGAGAUUGGUGAAAUUGUAAGGAAUGGGUUGCAAUGAUGUUUUGGACAUCUUUUACCUGGGACAUCUAUUAUAAUCUAGCCACUGGUCAUUUAAAUACAGGAGUUCUGUCAAGUUGCUGCAUUACCUUAUCCUGAUCAAAAUGUCCCUGGAGAGUAAGUUUAUAUUGCAUAUUUUUUGAUGCACCAAACAGAGACUUAGAGAAGCAAUUUAAUCUUGCUUCACUAGGUUAUAUUCCAUUUUUAAUCACGAGCGUUAACCUUUUAGUCAUAACUGUCAACCACACUUUUAUUAAUAAAAUGUGUACCUGUCAAUGUCUCUUCCUUGUGGUUCUUUGCCGUGGCUGCUCUUUCCCAAACACUUUCCACAUAGACCGAUGUUCUCUCUUCUUCUCCCCCAGGGAAGGUGCCCAAAACAUUGGGGAAAAUGCCGCCUCACCGCCCCCUGUUCUUGGAGACUGUGAGGUCCUUGGGCCCACCCCCACCACGCCCUGCCGCACCAAGCAUGAGGGGCCUGGAGGGACUGGGGGUAAGUCCACAGAUCCAGUGGCAACUACAAUGGCAUUAGCCUAA